AUGGUGCGAGACAGUUCGAUCAUGCGAUCACCAUCAUCUUCUGCAUCAACGUCUACCUACUCGCCCGGAGAAUUCCACGGUGUCAUCACCUCUUUCGACAAACAGGACCCCACUCGCCUAAGCCCCGUUUCCCCGUCACAGAAAUCCUCAUCACUCGCUCCCAACGUUGGUUCCAGCCGACUCAAACGUCGUGCCUCCCAAGGCUCCAUUCUGACCAAGCCCUCCCCGGUCUCUCGUUUCCUCUCCCGCAGCAACGCAUCCCUCCACAUUCAAUCCUUUGAGCACCUGGGCCUUGCCUCGAAAUCCGGCCGGACCGAAUCGCGCCCACAGUCCGCCGAGUCCGCCGAGUCCAAUCUUCGAUUGUCCACCCCGCCCACCGCUUCGAGUUCGCUGGCGGCUCAAGCAUUCCAGUCGACCCCUGAAGAGUCGGAGAAGAGCGAUUAUCUCUCAAGUCUACCCCCGACUCCCCCGGAAGACGAUCACGUGGCCUGGAACCCGCGAUCCGGGAUGUUACUAUUUGAGCGUCACAUGAACCAGGACCCUGGGCUGAUGCCCAUGGAUGAAGGUCCCAACUUGAGUUCCCAGUCGAGAGGGGCAUCGGGCGGUCUGACGAGUCCGACGGACCAGCUCGCCAACGUGACGCCCUCCAGCUCCAGCUCCGGUGGCAGCCCGGGCUCGUCCGGCGACAUGGACUAUGAUCAGAAUUCCUGGUUGGAAAACAGUAUCGACGCCACUAUAUCGUCGCUCCCGUUUUCCAAUGGCCCUGGGGAGUCGGUCAGGAUCGUCUCCCAGAUGCUUCCGUACCCCCACUGCCCGGAGAAAAACGCAUCCAUCGUGACCCACGACAACGUCUUUUGCUCCCUCGUCCAGACCGUCCAGAAUCGACUCCAGCAUGGACAGUCGCCAUACAUCAACGUCACCCACGCGGUGCCCGAACAAUUCAGCCUCUCCAACCUGCCGCACUCCCCUCCGCACUCUCCGCAGUCGUUCCCUCAGAACGACUACUUUAACUCCACCGUCUUCUCGAACGCCGCCGUGGUCUCUGCCUACCACGAUUUCCGCGGUUUGAUCCAGACCCGCGCCCCGCACUUUCCCGUACCGAUUGUCCCUCCCUCCACCGUUCACGUCUCGAUCCUGGAACGUUAUCUUCCCCCGUCCUCGGCCCAGGAAUACAAGGACCUCUUCUUACCUCACCGCCCCUCUUUCCUCGUGGACCGACUCUCCGAGCUGUCUCGGGAGGACGGGUCGAUGCUGUUCAUCUACCCCACCAAACGGGGUGGGUCGACGUUCAAAUCGCAGUACCUGGGACCGAUCCUGGACCCCUUGCUUCGCCAGCUGGUGGUGGUGAACGAGAUGUCGGCGGACAUUGGGCGCUACCUGGGCAAGCUGUCUUCGGUCAGCCACCUAGAAGAUUUCGACACCAUGAAGGAUAACCUGUCGCAGCUCUGCGAGGCGCUGAGCUCGUCGUCCUCCCGGUUCAGCGUCGUCGAUGCCCGCAAGGGCAGUGUCCAUCCCGACCGCAACACGUGGACGGAGUGGUACAUUCACCAGGAAAAAGCUCGGAUGAAAGAAGUCCUGAGCGUGUACUGGCAGAAUGGCCGUCGCCUCCCGGCCAGCAAGAUGUCGAACGUGUCUUCCAACUAUCUCCUAGAGCACAAGGAAGUCACGUCCGCGAUGCUAUUGGGGGAGAUCCUCGAUGGCAUCCGGCGGCGGCCGUAUGGCGAAGAGGGGCCCCCAGAUGGGAUUGAGCUGGGUGUCUUCGUGAUCCGUCGGUCCCACUGA